GUCUACCUGCAACCAGAAGACAGAUAUCAACCGAAAUACUCGCACUUCACGGCAUAUUAAAGCAUUAAACAAUCUCCCAUUAUCAUGGGCGGAUUUUAUAGAUUAAGCGAGUUCGACUGAACCCAUACUAAAAUCCAAUGAAAAUUGAUCCCCAUACAUGAAUAUUCUUGCCAAUUGUUUCCUAACGUAGAAACGGUAAGUGAGGGAAGGUUUGAGCUCCAUACCUCUUUUUUUGUUAUUGUGAUUUCUCCUUUGGACGCUCAAAUCAUAAUUUAAAAUUUGGAAUUUUAGACAAUUACGUUUAUUAUCUAAUUUGUUAUAUUAAAAAAAUCCUAAUAACAGACUGUUUCUGCUCGUGUAAAAGGUCUAAGGCUUCAACAUUGGCAAGUGCUACAACGAGACAAGUUUCAUAAGAAAAAGGCAUUGGACAUAAUGACACAAGGAGUUUUGAAACUACUUAGCAAUUUUGGUUGUCAUUCUGCAAAAUUUUGAAUUAAUACAAGCCACAAGAAUUUCUCUUUCUUUUACGAGGAAAAUGGAAAUAGAUUAACUAUACAUCUAGAUAGAAUUUAGAAGCAAAUAGAGGUGUUCAUUCGGGUGAUCAAGUCAUUUUCGGACGGGUAUCAUUUCAUUCGGUUGUUUUUCGGAUCAGUUAUUUUUCGGCUGCGUGUUACGACGAAUCACACUCGGGUCGAGUCGGUUAGUCACGGUUCGGUUGGAGAUCGGUUAUUCGAGCUAUCGGGUUAGCAUCGGUUCGGUGUCAGUUGAAGUUCGUGUCGAGUGUCAACCGGUCUCAGGUUAUCAUCGAUUACUAAUUGAUUCGGUUUUAUCAGCUGAUAAUCCAACUAGUUGGAAUACAUGCCAAGAAGAUGAUCAUUUGCAUCAAGGAAAGAAAUUAUCUGUUUUUGGCAAAGUAAAAGAAAAGGUUAAAAAAUGGAGACAAUUAGCAAAAAAGAAAUUUGGACAUGAUGAUUGUCAUACACCAUCAUGGGGAGUUGCUUUGGAAGAUUCUAAAGUCCAACAUGAUGAACAUGAGAAUGUUGUAUCUCAAGCAUAUCCGAAUCCGAAGAGUUCCAAUGAAGAUAGCAAACAGAUUGAAAGCACAGAUCAAAUGAAAAGUGUUAAGCAAAUAAUGAACAGCGGUGCUGGUCAACACCUAUCUUCCCUAAAGUUGAGUACACCAAAUCAUCCUGUUCUUGCCAAAAGCCAGUCAGAUACUUUUGGAGAUUAUACUUCCAAAUCUGAAGCUAACACAAAUAAUGAAGAAGCCAGUCCUCGAGCCUUAAGCUUAGGCACUCAUUUAAGAGUAAAACACUCUAGUCCAAGUAGGUUCACACUUGAUACUUUGAUUGCUCAAAGAAAUUCCAAAAGGCAUAAAGAGAUCAAAAACGAAGAUUCUAGAACCCAGAAAGAGAAGCUUCAAGAAGAAGAAUGUUCUAGUGCAAAGAAGGGUGAUGAGUUGGAUGAAGAAGAAUCAAAAAGAAAGAAUAUUGAUGGGAAUGAUGAAGAGGAUAAUAAAGGAAGUGGUGGUGUUUCGGUGAAAGAAUACUUGAAAACAAAAUUAGAGCCAGGAGAAGAUGAAAGGGCAUUACGUCAGGUGAUAACUGAAGUAAUUAGUCCAAGAAGGAAUCCAAAUGAAAAGGGUAUUGUGGAGAAAGUAAGAGCUGCUGUCACUAUGUUGAUCCAAGCUCAGGAACCUUCUUUUUCUUCUUCUUCUUCUUUAACCAAGACUCAGAUUCCUGUGUCCACCAAUGCAUGUGAAGUUGAGGAAGAAAACCAUGGAAGGAUGUUGCAAUCUAUUUAAAAGAAGACAUUCUACUUCUCAAUCUACUCCAAAUGUUGAAAAAAAAGUUGUCCCCUAGAAA